UAUUGCAUAUCUUUAACAAAAAAUCAUGUAGAUCUACCAGGUCCAAUCUCGAUCUAGUCAAUUUUGGUCAAAAACAGGCAAAAUUGCUGGAUUUGCCAAGUAUAUGCUAAGUUUGCCGAAAUUAGGCCAGAUCUAUAUUGGAUCUGGCCAGAGCUGUCAUCAGUUCAACUUGUAAAAAAAAAAAAAAAAAUCAAUGUUGGUGGUGGUUUCAGAAAUGAUGAUACCAAAAUUCCCAAUUCAAUGGUAGCGGAAUCAUCAAAUCAACACCACAUAGUCCACCACAUUGUUAAAAGAUUUUCAAGAUACUGAGAUGACAUAGUUGAGUAUCAUCUACCUAGCUAAGACUGAUGAGCGACUAAAAUGACUCAAUGAAACCAAAGUUUUAGAGAUGUGAAAAAAAAUACUAAUAGGCGAACAUUUUUGUGACCAAUGAAUCUGUAAAUGUCAUAUAUGUUCGAUGCUGAUGGUUGUGCAUUUUGGAAAAGCUAUGGUGAUGGAGAUGAUGUGCUGCUUCAAGAUGUGGGAACUAGGGAUCCAUUUACAUCUUCUGAUGAAAAAUGGUACCAGUAUGGGGCAGAAAAGAAAGAAGCAGUCGAAAAAUACUGCUCUUCUGUAAGGACAAGAGACCUUAUGUCUGAAACCCUGUCUCAAACACUUCCUUCAAGUUCUGGAAGUAAGGAAGAAGAGAAGCUUGAAAUUGCGACUACUGGAAGCAGAGAAGAAGACAUACCCAAAAGUAGUGCAGAAGAGUACUGUAUUCAAGAGGUUUACAUUUUUUAUUUAUACACAGGUUUAUAAAUGUACAAGAAAUAGGUUCAGAACUUUAGAUACACAGCUGCAAGUAUUAGUUGUACAGUAAUUCAUAUCAACUAUUGUAAACCUUUUGUUGGGUCUGG